AUGAAUGUCAACGGCUGUGGAGAAGCCGUCAUAGAUAUGUUCAUGGCAUAUCUGACUUUGCCCUUUUGUGGAAGUUUCACCGACGAUGUGUUCUUCCCCUCAUUCCAUGGUGCUAACCAUAUGACCAUGCGUUGUACUCAGGGUCCAGCCCAUGAACAUUUGCGGGGUCGAGUCAUUGUUAACCAGAUGCUAUAUUGCAGGCCAUCAACCAAACCCAGGCUUGAGUUCAUUCCCUUCCAGACGGUGGUAACGGCCACACCGUUGGGGUGUGACUUGAUGAUGCAAAGCCUCAGAUAA